AUGGCGGCGGCGGGUUUCGCUUGCAGUGUUGCGGCUGCAGCUUGCGGCUCCCACGCAGGGAGAGGGAAAGAUGCUGGAAGCCCGGCCUCGGGAUCCAUCGAGGUAGAGCAGAAAUUCUUCUUUGAGCCUGGCACCGAGGAGAAGUUGGUGGCCCUCGGGGCAACCCUGGCCGGAAACGUCUCCUUCCGGGACCAGUACUUCGACACUCCCGACUGCCGCCUUGUCCUGGCUGACCACUGGCUCCGGGAGCGUGAGGGGAUUGGCUGGGAGCUGAAAUGUCCCCCAAGGCCACUGGAGGGUGCUGGCAUUUCGAGCCCGGCCGCAGAAAGUUGGGACCCACGGGGCCUCACGCAGGUACCUGCCGGACCCUGCCCUUUGCAGCCACUAGAGGGAGCUGGCAGGCCAGACCCUGCCACACAAUACCAGGAAGUGACAUGCCCCCGGGAUAUCGUGGCCCGGGUCUGUGGUCUCUUGGGCGUGGACGUGGCGGUGAGCUGGUGUGACGACGUGGCCAGAGCACUGGAGGAACUCGGCCUAGAGGAGUUUGCCAGCUUCGUGACCCGUCGGCGCAGAUACCGUGUGGGAGACCUGAGUGUGGACCUCGACGAGGCAGAUUUUGGCUAUGCCGUGGGGGAGGUGGAGGCCGUGGUCAGGCAGCAGGAGGAUGUGCCGGAGGCUCUAGAGAGGAUACAGGAGCUGGGCAGGCAGCUGGGCUUUGAUGAGAAAACCUGUAUUCCGGGAAAGAUGUCCGCUUACCUGCACAAAUUCAGGCCUGCGCACUACGAGAGCCUUGUACGAGCCGGGAGGUUGCGGAAAGUGGGGGACGCAGGAGCCACACAAGGGGAGAAAGACUGAGCACAGAGCCGGGGUGGGGGGUGGCCCCAUUCUUCGACAGGAGACCCCCCCCCCCCCGCCUCUCUGUCACAGACGAUUCUUUUCUAGCGUUGUCCUCAGAAGAAAGGAAAGAUGAGUUCAUGCCAAUAAAAUAGAGAUG